GUUAAUUAUCAUCCAACCUGAGCGUGCUGCUAUUCCACCCGCACAAGUCUUGCCGACCUACUCUCUUGAAAUCCCGUUCGAAGCAGUAUGUCGUCCCUUCUCAAAUGGGCGCGCACCCUCGGCCGGCUAACGCCUCUGGCGCCCCUGCGUUUUCCUACGGCCGGAUUCAAGGUGGUGCCUAAAUCUGAAAUUCUUGAAGAGGAGCAGUUCCAGGAUGCUAUCAGCGCAGGACAGUACUAUCCAGUUAAUAUUGGUGAUAUCUAUGCCGAAAAAUAUCAGAUCCUGGGCAAAUUGGGUUUUGGGACGACAUCUACGGUGUGGCUGGCCCGAAACCUCCAACUCGGAGAGCAUCAUUAUGUGGCCCUAAAGGUGUAUACUCGCAACAUGGGACACAGAGAUGAGUUUCAGAUCUAUGAUUACAUCAGGAGGGUUGGCAACCAAUCGCAUCCGGGUUACCCUCACAUCAGGACAGCAUGGGACAUAUUUACAAUUCCAAGCCCACGUGUCCCAGCGGGGAGUGACGAGACGACUGAGCACUAUUGUCUUGUCCAGAAGCCCAUGUGGGCAACCUGGAAGGCUCUUAUCCGCCGUAACCCAGCGGGACGCUUCAACGUGGCUCUACUCAAGGCCGGACUACAGCAGGUCCUUUUGGCACUGGACUUUUUACACACACAGUGCCACUUGGUACAUACUGAUAUCAAAUCCGACAAUAUCCUACAGGAAAUUGCUGAUGGGCGUAUCCUUGCUUGGUUCGCUGAUCUGGAGAUGGCUGGACCCUCUCCCAGGAAGUUAGUCGACGGAUAUACAAUCUACAGGUCUCGGCCCUUCGAGCUCCCAGAAUUUUUCGGCGAUGCAGUGCUUGGCAAUCUCGGUUCUGCGGUUAGGGGCGAUGAAAAGCGCAACCACGACGCACAGCCGGAUGUAUAUAGGUCGCCUGAGACAAUGUUGAAUAUCGACUGGAGUUACCCGGUAGACAUAUGGAACUUGGGGUGUAUGAUCUGGGAUCUAUUUGAAGGAAGACAUCUCUUCUACGGGCAAGAUCCGGAUGGUAAGGGAUAUUCAACCCGUGCUCAUCUAGCCGAGGUAAUAGCAUUGCUUGGUCCACCGCCACUGGAUUUGGUCAAACGAGGGGUGCGAAGUGAUGAGUUCUUUACCGAAGAAGGUCAGUGGCGGAGUGAAGUUGUGGUACCAAAACCUACUACGCUCGAAGAGAAUGAAUUCUUUCUCGAGGGUGAGGACAAGGAAAUGUUCAUAAGCCUUGUGAGGGGUAUGUUGCAGUGGCGGCCUGAAGACAGAAAGACGGCGAAAGAGCUGCUACAGGACCCAUGGCUCAACAGUCCAUAACCAACAACUAGAAUCCUACACCGUGUACAUGCUCAUUUACCCCUGGUUUAAUUCAGUAUCCCGAGGUCCUUUU